GCUGCUAAUGGGUAAAGCGCCAGUACAAACACCAAAUCCAGAACGCAGAUACGCUGGUCAUGAUGGAAAGACCUAUCCUAAAGGUAACUCCAAUAAGUAAGGAAGACCUAAUAUGACAGCUAACAUCUUGUCCACAGUUGAAAUAUCGAGUCCAGACCCGCAAGAACCAACUUUUUUGCCAUCGGUAAGUAUUCCUCAGCGCAGUAUAUACAAACAACAAAAGCAGUGACUUCAAAGCUAACGUAUGAUAACUUCAGGAAGCUAAGCGUAUCAAUACACCGCCUAUGUCUCCUGGAACUCCGGCUGUCUUAGCACGAGGGUUCUUCUUCGAUCUGAAUGCUGCUAAGGAUGAUCCGGAUUCACGUACAGUGUCGCCAGCUACGAGCGCUGGCUCUGGGGGCACUGGAAAGGCUAAGUCACCUCGAGAGUGGUGGGAGGCCGAUUCCAAGCACACUGCAGUAAGAAACAAGUCAUCACAUCCGAUUGAGAAAAAGAAUGCAACAAAUAUGAGGCAGCUUUCACCUUCCGCAUUCGAGUUAAGUCUACCGCCCGAGCAUCUACCAAGCAGCCCACUCUGUCCAAAGAAUCCAAAGCACCCUAGUGGAGGUGACGGUAUAUGCCCGUUCCAUGGAAGGAGAAAGAGUGUAGGAUUGAAAGCAAUAAGGAGAGUGAACACAGGUAAUACAUCGACGAGUGGUACAACGAAUGAAACGGGAACAAGUUGAAGGCAGCUCAAGGAUGAAAGUGUAGGAAGGAGAAGAACAGCGUGUGGUUGAAUAGAUUGCAAUAGCGUAGUCCAAGAAUACUUUAUUCAAACGAGAAUGAAAC